AGAUAAUAGGAGCUAUCAAGUAUAAAACCGUUAUUAUUAUUAUUAUUUUUUAUUACCAUUUAAAUUUCACAUUAAAAUAUCCUAUAUAACUCCAAUUUGAUGUCUACUACCAAAACAGUGACGUCUGAAAAUGUUCAACUACCUCCAGUGGGGAUGUUUUUGAAUUCUGUAUGUCCUGGAAUUCAAUAUCUUGCUGCUAAUCAUCAUUUCAAUCUACCAAUUGAUUCCAAUAAUUCGAUAGACUGGCCAUUGACGGAUGACGCGGUAUCCGUGGUGAAAAGAGCUCUGCUUUCUCCAUCCUAUCUCAACAUUUCAAGACCCCCUCUCAAUUCACACUCGUCUCAAAUAGAAUCAACUACUUAUGUUUCACUCCCAUUCCAUAUCCUUCAAAGCUUUAAAGAUUCAAUUGAUUAUAAUCGUGCUAACAACACCUCAGUGGAUGGGAACUUCCAAAUAGCAGCUAAUGUGAACCCUCUAUUAAAUGAUCCUUUCAAAUUGGUUCAUUUAAAUCCGGGAUGUCUUUCUCAAAUCAUUGAAGUUUCUCCUAAAUUUGAUCCAUCCAUGGGAACUACCAAUGGAAAUGCAACUUCAUUCUCUCAUAAAAAUCCGUUUAACAAGCUUUCUUCCAAUUUCAAUAAGCUUUUGAAACUUUCAACCACUUCUACCAUGUAUCCUUACCAUUUGAUUAAUGGGAAUAAUGUAACCUCGUCUAUUAAUUCACAUCAUACUUCGGCGUCAUCUCCAUCUGGUAGCACAUCCACGUCAGCAUCCUCGGCUUAUGAAUUGGUGACAAAAAUCUUAGAUUAUCAUAGUGAUACUUAUAAAUCUCAACUAUGUUCAAAAUCUCUUUUGAUUUCUGUUCAUGUCAAUGUACUCAAUGUCUUGGCCUUGGGCCCUUCUGGAUUUGUCAAUACAAAGGAACAACCAUCUGAUAAGCCAAUUAUUCAUUUUGAUACCUCUAGAAACGGUAGUCAGGAUGCUAAUGGUGCCCCCAUCACAACUGGUAAUAAUACGACAACUCCCACCAAUCCAACUCCCUUCUCCUCAUCUUCAGUGGAAAUCCCAUUACUUAGAGUUCAAUUCCGUAAAUCUUCACUUGUUGUUGUUUUGAAAUCAUUCUGUAAUUCUUUGGGUCAGCCUGUGGUAUGUCUUGGGUUCGAUCUGGGAGAAAUAUUGGUGUUGAACUUGUCCGAUCUUUCCUUCAAUGUUCUUACCAGUGUUCAAGGAGAUGAUGACAACGUGUAUGUCACGAGUAUCGACGUUAUUCUGCAUGGUCUUUCAAUGUUGGUGGUAGCUGGCUACUCCAACGGAGAAGUGGCAAUUUUUGAUCCUCUGAAGAAUGAUACUGAACCAUACACUAAAAGAGUAGUUGGUCUGGAUGAAUUUGUUACUUACUUCAAAAAAUUCGAUUUAAGUCCAUUUGAUCUGAAAUUCCAAAACAAAGACCUGACUACUUCCAAUACAGCUGUAGUUGGACAUUUCAAAGUUAGUCAUAAACCAAUCACUUCUAUCACCUCGACUGUUCCUUACCCACCAGCACUGACUGCGUCGGAUCUUUCGGGAGAUUUGGAAUCACUGUCUCAUUUACCAAGUCCAAUGGUUCUUGUACUUGGAUCUGAUGACGGGUUUGUUCGCUUCAUUGACUUGAUAGCCACAUAUGGCUCAAACAUUGAUCUGCAAGCAAAUCAAACGAUUUCCAAUUCAAUCCUUACAGAUAUUGUAUCAAAUUAUUUCAAUGAUGGGAUUACAAGCAUAAAUUUCUCACCAGACUUUAGAUUCUUGUGCAUUGCAGGAAAGGGAGAUCUCAUUGAAGUGUUCAAAAUGACCUAUUAUAAUGUUAAUGGACUUCUUAGUGGUGGCCACAAGCAUCAUCAUCCCUCGGUUUCUGGAGGUGGUACUGGAGGUGUGGGGAAACGGUCUCGUAGCGGCACCCUCAAUAGCACUACACUGAAUGCUCUCCUGGGGCCUCCUACUUCGGUUUUCCUUUCACCGUUAGCAACCACGCCCUCUGUUAGUUUUGAAAUGAAUAACAUUGACCAUGCCUUGCUUCAAGAAGACUCUUCUUCAACUUCAGUCAAUGCUUCUGCAAAUGCAAAUUCAUCUGCUAAUACCAACAACAACAAAUUACAUCCUCCAACUAUCAAAGAUAUAAAGAUAGUUGCUCGAUUCAAAGGACAUACUAACUCCAUCAGAAGAGUGGAGUUCCUUCACGAAUCCAAGCAGGGCAACCCAAACAGCCUGGUUUAUAAGCUCAUUAGUUGUGGGUUUGAUGGGAAAAUCAUUAUCUGGGAUUUUGAUUACAAGGCACUUCCCAAGGUGAAAGAAUCACAUUCAUUGACUGGUGUUACCCAUACUACUCGAAAGAAAUCUUUUGCCCGUAAUACACACACGCAUAGUCCUAGUCCAGUGUCACGUGGAAAGCAUGUAUCCCCUGUCAAUACUGGUACUGGGGUCAACGUGCAGACUUCGCAACCAUUGAAACAUCACAAUAGAACAAAAUCUUGGGGAAACAAUAACACAAAUUAUCACAUUGAUGAAAUGACUCCUGGUUUGGUUGUGAAUGAUAAUGAAGUCAAGAUUGUGGACUCUAUAAAUAUCAUAAACUCAUUGUACAAAAAUCUCUUUGAGUUAAGAUUGAAGAAACAUUACUCUAAGUUACUUCAUGGGAAGCCAGGUAUACAAAAGACAGUACUCAUCCACCCAAUUGUUAGUGACAAUCUAGUACCUUCAAUCGAAAUCCCAUUACUUGAACUUGACUUGUCACAUUGGGUUGGAGAUGGAAAGAUAGAAGGCUUCCACUUGGAGGGCCAUUCAUUCUGGUGCUUCGCAAAGAAUGGAGAUAUUUUCAGAUAUUUAAUUGAUUAGAAGAUACGAUCCAUUAGACCAUUGUAGUGAUCUUAAUGUAGCAUAUAUCGAACAGUUACAAGGAUCUACACCCUCUCUGUGUUUCUAUAUAUGGUUUUUAUUUAUUCAAUAAUAAUGCAAAGUC